AUGGGUUGGAAAAUUGUCGAAGAUAGACCUACUCCUCCUGAGGUUUACAAUUGGAGAUUGUAUUCCGCCGCUUUACUCAUCGCAUGGGGUGCUAUCACUUUUGGAUAUGACGGUGCUUUUAUGGGAACGACAAUCGCACGAUCGUCAUUCAAAGCAUAUUUCGGUACGGAUCAACUUAAUUCAAAGGAUUACGCUACCGUUUCAUCAAACAUAACAUCGUGUUUCCAGGCAGCAGCUUUCUUUGGUGCUAUGCUAAGUUGGGGUAUAAUGGAAACAUGGGGUAGAAAGAUCACAUUACAAUCAACUACUGUCCUGUUCAUUAUAGGCGCUAUUCUUCAAACUUGUCCACCCAAAAACCUUGAUUACAUUUAUGCUGGGCGAAGUCUAUGUGGAUUCGCAGUCGGUGGUAUCACCGGUACUGUUCCCGCUUAUAUCAGUGAAUUAUCUGUUCCAUCGAUAAGAGGACGAUUGACUGGUUUAUUUGAAAUCGCAUAUCAACUCGGAUCAUUGGUUGGGUUUUGGGUAAAUUAUGGUGUAUCACAGCACAUCAAUUUAUCUUCAGAUGUGACAUGGAGAUUACCAAUGGGAAUUCAAUUGAUCCCAGCUGUUAUCCUUUUGGUUGGAACUCUGUUCUUGAGAGAAUCACCUUUAUUCUUCAUGAAGAAAGACCAAGAUGAUAAAGCUAUCAAGGUAUUAACUUAUCUGAGAAAAUUACCAGAAGAUCAUCCUUAUAUCCAAGAAGAGAUGUCUUUAUACAAAGAAAGGAUCUUACAUGAACGUGCGGUCGUAUCUGGUAAACCUGGUUUAUUGGGCUACUUGAAAGGUGCAGGUAAAGAAGUUAUCUUACCUGGUAUUAGAAAUAGAAUGGCUUUAGCCUUCAUAAUGUUCGCUCUCCAAAAUUUCUCAGGAGCAAAUGCUAUCAAUUAUUAUUCGCCAACUUUAUUCGCUUCAUUGGGUAUCAAAGACACUGCGCUUUAUACCGGUAUCUACGGAUUGGUCAAAGCCAUUGGAUCAAUCAUCUUCUUUUUGUUCUUCAUUGAUCACUGGGGUCGUAGACAGCCUUGGAUGGUAUCCUCGGUAGCUUGUUCUUUGUGUCUGAUAUAUGUGGGAGCAUACGUCAAAAUUGGACACCCAGCAGAUCAAACCGUGAUAUCUAACUCUACCAAACAAGGAGGAACAGCGGCGACAACUCUUGUUAUGUUCUACAGUGUAUUCUGGUCGUUUGGCGCCAAUGGACUUCCUUGGAUCAUAACCGCCGAGAUUUAUCCAUUGGGUAUCAGAGGUCUAUGUGGCGCGUACGCGGCAAUGUGUCAAUGGUUAUGGCAAUUUGUAAUUACCAAGACUACUCCAGAUAUCUUCUUAGCAAUGGGAUGGGGAACAUGGAUUUUCUUCGCUGCUUGUUUGAUGCUCAGUGCAAUUUGGGCUUUCUUCUUCUUACCUGAAACCAAAGGUCUCCGAUUGGAUGAAAUGGACGCCAUAUUUGGGUUUGCAGGACAUGAUUCAGACGAAGAGAUGGGAACUCAUAGUAUGGAUAUUCACGCUAGAAAAGUAGGUCAUCCAACUCAUAAAGAUCAUAAAGAUGUAGAAGAAGAACAUGAGGAGAUCCAAUAG